UGCUAAGGACGCGCAGUGACGCGCUUUCCACGAGACUUGUUGAGAAACACUGCUGGAAAUGCAACAUGUUUUCCAUCUCAAGACUUACUGUCAUAAACGUGCAGUGAGUCGCGGAUGUUCGUGAACUCUGUGACAGGAAGGCGCGGACAUGCGCUCGUCUAAGCAGCAGGACGAGCAUCAGAAAGCGGCAUCAGGGCGAUUCCUGCCGCCGGCGGUUCACAGCUAUAAGCAGCACCUGGCAGCGGUGCGGUCAUUACUGCCGGACAGACUGACCCACAGACCGCUUGAUCUGAGGUUAUCAAAUGACCUGCAGAAAGCACUGAAUGUGAACCCAUCCAGAACCGAUGCUCGUCUGCACGUGUCUCUCCGUCCCUUGCGCGCUCCGGUCCUGUCCUGUGACAGUGAGCUCACGCCAGCGGAUCGUGGCGUUUUCUCUCUCCCUGUGGCUCUUCCUGUGGGGAUGGUGGGGGAUCUGGGGCCGCAGGCGUACCGCAUAAAGAGGGCCGCUCACAGCGCGGGGUCCGCGUCCCUUCAGAGCAAAGCAGCGCUUACUUACAUGCGGGGUGACACAGGAAGUCUGCGUGACAGUUCUGUCCCAUGUUUCCUGACUGCCUUCAGCUUCAGAGAUGACAUCACUUCCUGUCCGGAGAGACUGGAUCUGGACCGGCGCGGUUUGACGAAUGUCCCUCGUCUGGACGGGGCCGAGAACCUGCGUCUCCUCAACAUGCAGCACAACCUCAUCUCACACCUGCAGGACCUGCUUCACCUGCAGCGCCUCGUGUUCCUCGAUCUCCAUGACAACCGCGUGAUUGACAUGUCUGGCAUCUCCUCUCUCACCUCGCUGCGUGUGCUGCUGCUCGGGAAGAACAGAAUCCAGAGGAUCUGUGAUGUGGACGGCCUCACUAAACUUGACGUUCUGGACUUGCACAGUAAUCAGAUCUCUCAGAUUGAAAACGUGUCUUGUUUGUCAAAGCUUCGUUUGUUGAAUCUCUCUGGAAACCGCAUCACUCGAGUGGAGAAUCUGCGAGGUCUGAACUGUCUGACUGAACUAAACCUCCGUCACAACAGCAUCACAUCUGUGACGGAUGUGGAGAAUCUUCCUCGUCUGCAGCGUCUGUUUCUCAGCGCUAACAGCAUCAGCAGGUUUGAUGCGCUGGCCUGUCUGUGGCACUGCCGCUCUCUGAGCGAGCUGAGCGUCGAUGGGAACCCUGUCGCGCUGGAGUCAUGCUACAGACAGACUCUCCUCCGCUGCUGCUCGCCACACCUUCAGCUGCUCGACAUGAAGCGCGUCACAGAGGAGGAGAGACGCACGGCGAGCGUUUCAGCACGAAAGGAGGAUGAGAAGAAGAAAGAGAGUCACAAACAGGCUGCACACAAGGAAAGACGUCGACUUGCGAUCCAGAACGCAGCGCAGCAAUGGGAGGGUCUGAAAGCGUGCCUCGAGCUUCCUGCCCAGAACGGCACAAAGGAAGACGUCAGUCCAGACAACAGCCCCGCCCACAGCCCCGCCCAGACCAAUGGAAACACGCAGGAGACGUCACCGGAUGAGCCCAAACGCUUGAGUCCGCUCACAGUCUCAGCUGGAGGGAAUGAGAACAGGUUACGAUCAACAAGUCGACCAAACAGUCCCAGAGACCCCAGACCGCAGGACGCCGGCGGUCCCAGCGUUCAGAGUCUGUCUAUGUCUGACAGUCAUCUGGCGGAGCUGGACGGCGAGACGCUGCGUCUGUUCGGCCCCGGGGCCCUGGAGACGCUGGAGCGCUGCUGGGGCGUUCAGACAGCUGCGAGCGUCACCACCGUCGCCUUCAGAUACAUCCACUUUGACUCCAUCAUUCCCAUGUUCCUGCGCAUCCGCCUCAAAUUCCCGAACCUCACGCACCUGAUGUUCAUGGAGACGAGCAUCACUCAUCUCCCUCAGCUGGCGGCUCUGGCUCAGGUGCGGCGUCUGGAGCAGAUCAGUGUCCAUUCGGAGGGGAAUCCGGUGGUGGGUCUGACGCUCUGGAGAUCCUUCCUCAUCUACAGACUGCAGCAUCUCAACCUGCAGAAGAUCAACGGCACUGAGGUCACUAUGAAUGAGAUCAUGGCAUCGGAGCGGAUGUUCGGCGCUCUGGGUCACGUCGCUGCUACAGAAACGCCACGCUGCCGCCUGCUGCUGCUGCUGGAGGAGUCCAGGAAGCGGCAGCUGCAGUUCCUGUUGGACGGCCGCGGGCGCAGAAGCGGUCAGAGUCCAGAGGAGCUGAAGGAGAACGGCAAACAGCUGGGAGACGGUUUGAGCCGAGCGCUCUUCAACUAUCCCAGCAGACUGUCCGACGGCCCCGAGGAGGGCGGCGCUGACGCGGCGGAGCGUUCGGGGAUGGUGCAGCAGUAUCUGCGAGGGCUGAUCCACAGAGCGUCGGGUCACUGCGUGAAGGCAGACGCGCUGCAGAAGAUCUGGCCGUCGCUCUUCAGCGAGAUCGUGAGAGACGCCGUGCUGGAGAUGAGGGACAGACAGGCCUUCAGACACACCAGUCUCCAGCGGCUCCACAGAAAAUCACAGACGUGAACGCAGAGUCUGAAUGUACAGCGCGACUGUCCUGAUCUGAGCGGAUCCGCUCAGUCCUGUGGGCCAAUAACUUCCUCUGUGUCUCUAAUGGUGCUCCUGAUGAAACAGACAUUACACGCGUAUUACAGACAGAGUUUCCUUCAGAUGUCUGUGGAGUUAAACUUCAACUAACAAGAUGGAGAUUCUUCUCAAACUGUUGCUCUGCCAUGAUAGUAGUUGAGCAGAAAGAGAAAUCAGACUGUAGAGGAAUAUUUAUUUUAUUUUAUUUUAUUUUUUAUUUUUUUUUUAUUAGAGCCCAAGCAGACAGUUUUUUGUUUAACAUUUUAUUUUUAUUAUUCUGUUAUUUUAUUUUAUUUUUUUAUUUAUUUUAUUUCAUUUUAAUAGGGCCUAAGAUGGUAGUGUAUUUAAUUUUUAUUAUUCUAUUAUUUUAGGCUAAAAUGGACUUCAGAUUCCUGACUUUUUUCAGCAGUUUUAUUUUAUUUUAUUUUAUUUUAUUUUAUUAGGGCCCAAGCUGAUAGUCUAUUUUAUUUUAACAUUUUAUUUUUAUUAUUCUAUUAUUUUAGGCUAGAAUGGACUUCAGAUGCUUUACUUUUUUCAGCAGUUUUAUUUUAUUUUAUUUUAUUUUAUUUUUUAAUUUUUAUUUAUUUUAUUUUAUUUUAUUUUAUUUUAAUAGGGCCUAAGCUGGUAGUGUAUUUUAUUUUUAUUAUUCUAUUAUUUUAGUCUGGAAUGGCCUUCAGAGGUCUUACUUUUUUCUGGAGUUAUUUCAUUUUAUUUUAUUUUAUUUUAUUUUAUUUAGGGUCAGUCCAGUUAACAGCUCUAAACAUGUUGAGAGUUUAACUAACUAGCUCAAGAUUCUCUGCUGAGCUGUGACUGAAAGUGAAAUCUGAGCGCGAAUGAAGACGGUUUAUGAAGAGAGUUUAAUCUGCACUUGAGCUGCAUGAUCAGUUGAGUUUUGACUCAUUUCUGAACACUCAUGUUUGUGUAGAUGAAGCGUUUGUGUUCAGGUGUGUGUGUGUGUGUGUGUGUGUGUAGAGUGUGUUUCAGAUCUUCUGUUCAUUCUGUCUAUGAUGCCUGUCGUUUCCUCAUAUUGAAUGUCAAAAUCAAACCACAUGAUCUUUCACAAUUUAUGUUUUGUAUUUGACUGAUUAUUAAAAAGAUAAAAGUGAAAAAACUUUGACCUGAAUUUGCCAAGAAAAAAGAAAACAUCAAAAAGUUUUUCACCUUUAUUUA